GAGCCGAGUGGAGGGGCGAGCGAGGCUCCGGCAGCGCAGGGGAGCCCGGGGAGGCGGCGGCGCGCGGCGGAGCCAGUGGCCGGACAUGCCCCGGACCCGGGGCCGCUGCACCACUGCCGCCGCCCGGAGCCAGCCGGCCGGACGCCCGCACGCCUGGGUCCCCCGGCGCCGCGCCGCCCGGGGGCUGCGACCCGGACCCUCGGCGUCCGACCAACAAUAAGCGCCCAGACAGCCCCCUCCCCGCCCCGCGCCCGCCGUCCCCGCGGGCCUCGGAGAAAGUGAAAGGAGGAGGCGAAGGAAGGGAGGAAGGAAGGAAGCAAGGAAGGAAGCAAGGAAGGAAGGAAGGGAGGAGGAGCAGGAGCCGGAGCCGUGAGGUUCGGGGCCGAGACCCCAGCCCCGAGCCCCGGGCCGGGCGGGUGUGCACGCUCUCCCGCCGCUGUCCGGCGCCCACGACCAUGCUCGGCGGUUGGGAGGCAGGAACCCAGGCGCCCAGCGACCCCCGGAGACCUUCUCCCGGGCCGGGCUGGUAUUGAGAUCAAGGCGUCCAGGAUCAAAAGAUCACCGCCUGCCCGCCCCCCUCCGCACCUCCAACUGGCAAGCCGGAGGACCCCAAUCCAGUCACCGACCCUGACCUGGUCAUGGCGUCCAGCUCCGGCCUGGCGUGAGGACCCCCGACCCGCGCGAGGGAGCCCCCUUCCCAGACCACACCCUUGAGCCUGAGCCCGUCACACAGUACUCCUGAGUCCGUGCUCCAGUACCGAGUACCUGGCUGGGCCCUGGGCACGCACAGGGGCCGUAGCCCCACUGUGUGUGGGAGCCAUGAGGAUCCUGGCUAACAAGACAAGGUUACCCCACCCCAGGAGGAGAGAAGCUCCAGGGAGCCCGCCGCUGUCCCCGCGCGGCCACUGCCCCCCAGCCCCAGCCAAGCCAAUGCACCCAGAAAAUAAGUUGACCAAUCAUGGCAAGACAGGGAAUGGCGGGGCCCAGUCCCAGCACCAGAAUGUGAACCAAGGACCCACCUGCAACCUGGGCCCGAAGGGCGUGGGGGCGGGGAGCCAUGGGGCCAAGGCCAACCAGAUCUCACCCAGCAACUCAAGUCUGAAGAACCCCCAGGCAGGGGUGCCCCCUUUCAGCUCGCUCAAGGGCAAGGUGAAGAGGGAGCGGAGCGUGUCUGUGGACUCUGGAGAGCAGCGAGAGGCUGGGACCCCAUCCUUGGAUUCAGAGGCCAAAGAGGUGGCUCCCCGGAGUAAGCGGCGGUGUGUGCUGGAGCGGAAGCAGCCCUACAGUGGGGACGAAUGGUGCUCAGGACCCGACAGCGAGGAGGACGACAAGCCCAUUGGGGCCACCCACAACUGUAAUGUAGCAGACCCAGCCAUGGCGGCCCCACAGCUGGGUCCUGGCCAAGCCGCCCAACUGCCCCUCAGCGAGAGCAGCGCUCCGGGACCCCCCCAUGGGCCGCCGCCGGGCCUUCGGCCCGACGCCCCUGGGGGCGGGGGUGGGGGUGUCCCCGGAAAGCCUCCCUCACAGUACGUGUAUGUCUUCACCACCCACCUGGCCAACACGGCUGCCGAGGCCGUGCUGCAGGGUCGGGCUGACUCCAUCCUCGCCUACCACCAGCAGAACGUGCCCCGGGCCAAGCUGGACCAGGCCCCAAAAGUGCCACCUACCCCAGAGCCGCUACCCUUAAGCACGCCGUCAGCAGGCACCCCGCAGUCCCAGCCACCUCCACUGCCGCCGCCGCCGCCCCCGGCCCCCGGCAGCGCUCCGCCCGCACUGCCGUCUGAGGGCCCCCCCGAGGACGCCAGUCAGGACCUGACCCCCAACUCGGUGGGAGCGGCCAGCACAGGCGGUGGCACUGGGGGCACCCACCCUAACACCCCGACGGCCGCCACCACCACCAACCCGCUGCCUCCUGGAGGAGACCCCAGCAGUGCCCCCGGCCCUGCCCUGCUCGGGGACGCUGCCCCCCCAGGAAACGGGCAGCGGAGCCUGGUGGGCUCUGAGGGCCUGUCCAAGGAGCAGCUGGAGCACCGGGAGCGUUCCCUCCAGACGCUUCGAGACAUUGAGCGGCUAUUGCUCCGCAGCGGGGAGACCGAGCCCUUCCUCAAGGGACCCCCGGGAGGAGCCGGCGAGGGGGGACCACCAGCACAAGCCCCUCCUGCCCCCCAGCAGGCCCCCACGGCCCCUCCCAGUGGGCUGAAAAAGUAUGAGGAGCCCUUGCAGUCUAUGAUUUCACAGACGCAGAGCCUGGGGGGCCCCCCGCUGGAGCACGAAGUGCCUGGGCACCCCCCAGGCGGGGACAUGGGGCAGCAGAUGAACAUGAUGAUGCAGAGGCUGGGCCAGGACAGCCUGACGCCCGAGCAGGUGGCCUGGCGCAAGCUGCAGGAAGAGUACUAUGAGGAGAAGCGGCGGAAGGAGGAGCAGAUCGGCCUGCACGGGGGCCGCCCUCUGCAGGACAUGAUGGGCAUGGGGGGCAUGAUGGUGAGGGGGCCCCCGCCUCCCUACCACAGCAAGCCUGGGGAUCAGUGGCCCCCCGGCAUGGGUGCACAGCUGCGAGGGCCCAUGGAUGUCCAAGAUCCCAUGCAGCUCCGGGGCGGACCUCCUUUUCCCGGCCCCCGUUUCCCAGGCAACCAGAUGCAACGGGUGCCUGGGUUUGGAGGCAUGCAGGGUAUGACCAUGGAGGUGCCCAUGAAUGCCAUGCAGAGGCCCGUGAGGCCGGGUAUGGGCUGGACCGAAGACUUACCCCCCAUGGGGGGGCCCAGCAAUUUUGCCCAGAACGCCGUGCCCUACCCGGGCGGGCAGGGUGAAGCAGAGCGAUUCAUGACCCCUCGGGUCCGGGAGGAGCUGCUGCGGCACCAGCUGCUGGAGAAGCGGUCUAUGGGCAUGCAGCGCCCCCUGGGCAUGGCAGGCAGUGCCAUGGGGCAGGGCAUGGAGAUGGAGCGGAUGAUGCAGGCACACCGGCAGAUGGAUCCAGCCAUAUUUCCUGGGCAGAUGGCUGGUGGCGAGGGCCUGGCGGGCACUCCCAUGGGCAUGGAGUUUGGUGGAGGCCGGGGCCUCUUGAGUCCCCCCAUGGGGCAGUCUGGGCUGAGAGAGGUGGACCCCCCCAUGGGGCCAGGCAACCUCAACAUGAACAUGAAUGUGAACAUGAACAUGAACAUGAACUUGAACGUCCAGAUGACCCCACAGCAGCAGAUGCUGAUGUCACAGAAGAUGCGGGGCCCAGGGGACAUGAUGGGGCCGCAGGGCCUCAGUCCUGAAGAGAUGGCCCGGGUGCGGGCCCAGAACAGCAGUGGCAUGAUGGGUGGCCCACAGAAGAUGCUCAUGCCCUCUCAGUUCCCCAACCAGGGCCAGCAGGGAUUCUCUGGGGGCCAGGGGCCCUACCAAGCCAUGCCCCAGGACAUGGGCAAUACUCAAGACAUGUUCAGUCCCGACCAGAGCUCAAUGCCCAUGGGCAACGUGGGCACCACCCGGCUCAGCCACAUGCCCCUGCCCCCUGCAUCUAAUCCUCCGGGGUCCGUGCAUUCAGCCCCCAACCGGGGCCUGGGCAGACGGCCCUCAGACCUCACCAUCAGUAUUAAUCAGAUGGGCUCGCCAGGCAUGGGGCACCUGAAGUCGCCCACCCUUAGCCAGGUGCACUCGCCCCUGGUCACCUCACCCUCCGCCAACCUCAAGUCACCCCAGACUCCCUCACAGAUGGUGCCCUUGCCUUCGGCCAACCCUCCAGGACCUCUCAAGUCGCCGCAGGUCCUCAGCUCCUCCCUCAGUGUCCGUUCGCCCACUGGCUCGCCCAGCAGGCUCAAGUCUCCUUCCGUGGCGGUGCCUUCUCCCGGCUGGGUCGCCUCGCCCAAGACCGCCAUGCCCAGCCCUGGGGUCCCCCAGAACAAGCAGCCGCCUCUCAACAUGAACUCUUCCACCACCCUGGGCAGCAUAGAACAGGGUGCCCUCCCGCCUAGCGGCCCCCGGAGCAGCUCCUCAGCGCCUCCCGCCAACCCUCCGAGCGGCCUCAUGAACCCCAGCCUGCCAUUCACUUCCUCCCCAGACCCCACGCCUUCCCAGAACCCCCUGUCACUGAUGAUGUCCCAGAUGUCCAAGUACGCCAUGCCCAGCUCCACCCCGCUCUACCACAACGCCAUCAAGACCAUCGCCACCUCCGACGACGAGCUGCUGCCCGACCGGCCCCUGCUCCCCCCUCCACCACCGCCGCAGGGCUCUGGGCCAGGGAUCAGCAAUAACCAGCCCAACCAGAUGCACCUGAACUCAGCUGCUGCCCAGAGCCCCAUGGGCAUGAACCUGCCAGGCCAGCAGCCCCUGUCCCAUGAACCCCCACCUACUAUGUUGCCCUCCCCUACCCCUCUGGGGUCUAACAUUCCACUGCACCCCAAUGCGCAGGGGACAGGAGGGCCCCCUCAAAACUCCAUGAUGCUGCCUCCAGGGGGCCCAGACUCCCUGAAUGCCCCCUGUGGCCCUGUGCCCGGCUCCUCCCAGAUGAUGCCCUUCCCCCCUCGGCUCCAGCAGCCCCAUGGUGCCAUGGCCCCCAGCGGCGGUGGGGGCGGGGGGCCUGGCCUGCAGCAGCACUACCCUUCGGGCAUGCCCCUGCCCCCAGAGGACCUGCCUAGCCAGCCGCCGGGCCCCAUGCCCCCUCAGCAGCACCUGAUGGGCAAAGGCAUGGCUGGGCGCAUGGGCGACGCCUACCCCCCAGGCGUGCUCCCUGGGGUGGCAUCAGUGCUGAACGACCCCGAGCUGAGCGAGGUGAUCCGGCCCACCCCGACGGGGAUCCCUGAGUUCGACUUAUCGAGGAUCAUCCCCUCUGAGAAGCCAAGCAGCACCCUCCAAUACUUCCCCAAGAGCGAGAACCAGCCCCCCAAGGCCCAGCCCCCCAAUCUGCAUCUCAUGAACCUGCAGAAUAUGAUGGCGGAGCAGACCCCCUCACGGCCCCCCAACCUCCCGGGCCAGCAGGGCGUCCAGCGGGGUCUCAACAUGUCCAUGUGCCACCCCGGACAGAUGUCCUUGCUGGGCAGGACAGGUGUGCCCCCACAGCAGGGCAUGGUGCCUCACGGCCUGCACCAGGGAGUCAUGUCCCCGCCACAAGGCCUCAUGACCCAGCAGAAUUUCAUGCUGAUGAAGCAACGGGGUGUGGGGGGUGAGGUCUACAGCCAGGCCCCCCACAUGCUCUCCCCGCAGGGCUCCCUUAUGGGCCCCCCGCCCCAGCAGAACCUCAUGGUGUCCCACCCGCUGCGGCAGCGCAGCGUGUCUCUGGACAGCCAGAUGGGCUACCUCCCGGCGCCGGGCAGCAUGGCCAACCUGCCCUUCUAGCGGUCCCCUGGGGGGGGUGCUGGAGCUGGGGUGAUACUGCAAAUAUGAUAACCUUAAAAGAAGUUUCUUCCCCUCCAGUGUUGGGAUGGCCUUGGG